AUGUACAACCUCUAUACAAAAAAAACACCAGACAUGAUGGAAGUAGAUACUCCACCCCAAAAGCAGGUUGCAACAAUCAACUCAAAACCAGACAAAACAAAUGUAGUACUACAAAGUGCAGAAUCUGACUCAUUAGCUAAAGAAUUAGACAUACCCAUGCUAGAUUCCCAGAAAGAAAAAUCACCACCAACUUAA